AUGGAAGAUGCUGCAGAUUCUGGAAUCAGACUAGGUUCUUUAUGUUAUGUUAAUGAUCAUGUUGGAUUUCGUGGCACUAUCAAAAGCUCCCCAAAUGACUUUGUUGUUAUUGAAAUCAAUGAGCAGGGACAGUUAGUUAAUAAAGCUACCGAUGAAUCUCUUUACAACAUUAAUAACAUCCUACCUGAGCCAGUUAAUUUUGCCAAAAAAACAAAAAUUGAUAUUAAAAACGUACCCUUUGAAGGUGGACCGAACCAAGAACUUGAUAUUUUAACUAGAUGUCCUGAGGGUGACCAAAAUCAUCACUCUGGUUUAGAAAAUGAAGACGGUACUAUCAAUGAUGGCACUUCCAAAUGUGAAGAUGAAAAAGCAGAUAUACUAGGCUCUUUUUUAGAUGAGAAGACUAAUGAAUUAUUGAAUCAGUUUGCCUGUGAUGUAAAAGAGAAGUUGAAUUGUAAAACUGAGCAAAUAAGACCAUCUCCUGAAUUCUCUUUAGGCAGAAUCCUUGACAAAAACCAAAGAGCCAGUUUACAUAGUGCUAUUAGGCAGACAUUUCCUUACUUAAUAACUGUAGGGAAAAACAGUGAGAUUCUUGUUAAGCCAAAUCUUGAGUAUAAAGAACUCUGUCAGCUGGUAUCUGAGGAAGAAGCAUUUGGCUUUUUUAAGUUUUUGGAUGCAAAGAAAGAAAAUUCCAAAUUUACCUUUAAACCUGAUAUGAACAAAGACCACAGGAAAGCUGUCCAUCAUUUUGUUAACAAGAAGUUUGGAAACCUGGUAGAAACCAAAUCCUUUUCUGAACUGAAUUACAAAGCUGCUAAUCCAAAUGUAGUGAUUACAGUCAAGUUUCGGGAAAAAGCAUACAAGCACAGGAAACGGUCUCUCCUUGGAUGCCAGGAAAAAAAAUGUAUAUAUACAGCUUUCACCCUACGAAAGGAGAAUCUGGAAAUGUUUGAGGCAGUUGGUUUCUUAGCUGUCAAGCUUGGGGUGAUUCCUUCAGAUUUCAGUUAUGCAGGCCUUAAAGACAAGAAAGCCGUCACCUAUCAAUCAAUGGUUGUUAGAAAGGUGACUCCAGAGAGGUUGAAAAACAUUGAAAAAGAAAUUGAAAAGAAAAGAAUGAGUGUGUUUAAUAUUCGAUCUGCAGAUGAUUCCCUUAGACUUGGCCAACUCAAAGGAAAUCACUUUGAUAUUGUCAUCAGAAAUUUAACAAAGCAACUCAAUGAUUCUGCACAUCUGAAAGACAGAGUUUUGGAGGCAAUUGAAAAUGUUAAGAAUCAAGGUUUUGUGAACUACUAUGGACCUCAGAGGUUUGGGAAGGGAAGGAAAGUUCAUACAGACCAAAUUGGAUUGGCUUUGCUGAAGAGUGAAAUGGUGAAGGCUAUAAAAUUAUUUUUUACACCAGAAGACUUGGAUGAUCCUGUAAAUAGAGCAAAGAAAUAUUUUCUUCAAACUGAGGAUGCUAAAGGCACACACUCACUGAUGCCUGAUUUCAAAGUCCGGGAGAGAAGCGUGUUGGAGUCAUUGCAUCGCUUUGGCAUAACAGAGGAAGGCUGUAUCCAGGCGUGGUUCUCUUUUCCCCAUUCUAUGCGCAUAUUCUACAUUCAUGCAUAUAGCAGCAAAAUUUGGAAUGAGGCAGUAUCUUACAGACUUGCAACCUAUGGGUUAAGAGUUGUAGAGGGCGAUUUGGUCUGCUUGACUGGGAAUGUCGACGAUGAGCAUUUCCCAAAUAGUAAAGUUCAUCUAGUGACUGAAGAAGAGGAAUCAGCUAAUAUAUAUGCAAUUCAUCAGGUGCUUCUUCCAGUACUUGGAUACAAUAUUCAGUACCCAAAGAACAAAGUAGGGCAAUGGUACCAUGAAAUACUUAGCAGAGAUGGACUACAGACUUGUAGGUUUAAAAUACCUGCUCUGAAAUUGAAUGCUCCAGGAUGCUAUAGACAGAUAUUGAAACAUCCUCAUAAUCUCUCAUACCAGCUAAUAGAAGAACACGGUACUGAUGCCAAAACAGAAGGUUCUAGUAUCAGUGAAGCAGCUUUAUCUCUUUUGAUCUCUUUUGAUCUUGACUCUUCAUGUUAUGCUACAGUUUGUUUGAGGGAAAUGAUGAAGCAUGAUGUUUAA